GAAAGGAUUCACACAGGAGAAAAGCCUUUCACAUGUACAGAGUGUGGAAAAAGUUUUACAGUUAAAUGUCAUCUGAAAAAGCAUGAAAGGAUUCACACAGGAGAAAAGCCUUUCACAUGUACAGAGUGUGGAAAAAGCUUUACAGUUAAAAGUCAUCUGAAAAAGCAUGAAAUGAUUCACACAGGAGAAAAGCCUUUCACAUGUACAGAGUGUGGAAAAAGUUUUAGACAUGAGAUUAGUCUGAAAAAGCAUAAAUGGAUUCACACAGGAGAAAAGCCUUUCACAUGUACUGAGUGUGGAAAAAGUUUUACACAAAUAAAUCAUCUAAAAAAUCAUGAAAGGAUUCACACAGGGGAAAAUCCAUUCACAUGUACAGAGUGUGGAAAAAGUUUUACACAAAUAAAUAGUCUGAAAACUCAUGAAAUGAUUCACACAGGGGAAAAGCCUUUCACAUGUACAGAGUGUGGAAAAAGUUUUACACGAAUGGAUGUUCUGAAAACUCAUGAAAUGAUUCACACAGGGGAAAAGCCCUUCACAUGUACAGAGUGUGGAAAAUGUUUUACACAAAUAAGUAAUCUGAGAAAACAUAAAAAGAUUCACACAGGAGAAAACCCGUUCACAUGUACAGAGUGUGGAAAAAGUUUUACACAAAUAUAUAGUUUGAAAACUCAUGAAAGGAUUCACACAGGGGAAAAGCCUUUCACAUGUACAGAGUGUGGAAAAUGUUUUACACAUAAGAGUAGUCUGAAAGCUCAUGAAAGGAUUCACACAGGAGAAAAGCCUUUCACAUGUACAGAGUGUGGAAAAUGUUUUACACAAAUAUAUAGUUUGAAAACGCAUGAAAGGAUUCACACAGGGGAAAAGCCUUUCACAUGUACAGAGUGUGGAAAAUGUUUUACACAUAAGAUUAGCCUGAAAACUCAUGAAAGGAGUCACAGAGGAGAAAAGCCUUUUACGUGUACAGAGUGGGGAACAAGUUUUAUACAAAAAAGUGAUCUGAAAAGUCAUGAAAGAAUUCACACAGGAGAAAAGCCUUUCACAUGUACAGAGUGUGGAAAAUAUUUUACACAUAAGAGUAAUCUGAAAACUCAUGAAAGGAUUCACACAGGAGAAAGGUCUUUCACAUGUACAGAGUGUGGAAAAUGUUUUACAGAAAAAAAAAAUCUGAAAACUCAUGAAAGAAUUCACACAGGAGAAAAGCCUUUUACGUGUACAGAGUGUGGAAAAAGUUUUAUAAAAAAAAAUUAUCUGAAAAGUCAUGAAAGAAUUCACACAGGAGAAAAGCCUUUUACAUGUACAGAGUGUGGAAAAAGUUUUACACAAAUGGGUCAUCUGAAAACUCAUGAAAGGAAUCACACAGGAGAAAAGCCUUUCACAUGUACAGACUGUGGAAAAUGUUUUACACAAAUAAGUAAUCUGAGAAAACAUGAAAGGAUUCACAAGGGAAGAAACCUUUCACAUGUUUAGAAAGUGGAAAAAAGGUUUUUAUUGAAAUCGGGUAUCAAAAAACGCCAAAUAUUUACACACAAAUAAACUUUAUAUACACAGUGUACAAACCUCUUUACAAUUAUCCUAAAGAGGACAAACUCUCUAAAUAGAAGCAUCAAAAUAUAUGUUAUUGUAAAUAAUACUUUCUUAAUCCCAGUUUUAAAAGCCCCAGAUUGGAAGUGAUAUCCCGCUGUCCUUUGUUCCUCUAUAUAUGUGCACCUCAGUUUCUCUCAUAUCAAUGUGAUAGAAUCCAAACACCACACAGGAAUAUACAGAUCUGUCCUCAUACUGACCAGUUUACACAACCAUUCACCACCAAAGCACCCCCAGUGUUGUUUAUUAAUAUGUCAGUCUUAGGAGUUGUACGUUUGAUUUACAUAGGGGAGGAAAUCAUUAUAUUUACAGAAUAAAGAGUCUUUAUAUGAAUAGAGUGUUAGAGAAUUAAAUAAACAAGAACAUCAGUCUCAAAUGAUUGACAUCUGGGGGAUAUAUUUAAUGUGCACAUCAUGUGGAUAAACCUUUUCUUAUAGCAAUAGAUGCUUAGCAUUGUACAUGUUAUAUACCAGAGGAAUUACUGAGGGUAAACUGAUUUUAUUUAAUGAGACACAAUAUCAGUAACCGGUACAUACGUGAUCAUAAUCAGUUUAAUUUAAACGGCUACUAUAACCUACAUGUAUACUGGGUAUGUAAUAUGUGUGUCAUGUGAUCCAUAAUCAGUUUAAUUUAAACAGCUACUAUAACCUACAUGUAUACUGGGUAUGUAAUAUGUGUGUCAUGUGAUCAUAAUCAGUUUAAUUUAAAUGGCUACUAUAACCUACAUGUAUACUGGGUAUGUAAUAUGUGUGCCAUGUGAUCAUAAUCAGUUUAAUUUAAAUGGCUACUAUAACCUACAUGUAUACUGGGUAUGUAAUAUGUGUGUCAUGUGAUCAUAAUCAGUUUAAUUUAAAUGGCUACUAUAACCUACAUGUAUACUGGGUAUGUAAUAUGUGUGUCAUGUGAUCAUAAUCAGUUUAAUUUAAAUGGCUACUAUAACCUACAUGUAUACUGGGUAUGUAAUAUGUGUGUCAUGUGAUCAUAAUCAGUUUAAUUUAAAUGGCUACUGUAACCUACAUGUAUACUGGGUAUGUAAUAUGUGUGUCAUGUUCUGUAACUUGAUAUUAUGUCUGUUAGAUGUUUUCAUGUUAGUUAGAAGCCACAAGAACUGAUAAUAACACAUACUGUAUAUAUAAAGGGAACAUUAUAUGUCUGAUAAAUCCCUUUGUAUCAAGAGCACAAGUGUUAGGUAUAUUUAUACCAUGUGUGCAUAUAUCAUGUAAUGCUGCUGUUUACUAUAUAAUGAUAUACAAUGUUUUUUAUGCAAAUAAAAAGUGAUUGUAAUUCA